AUGGAGGAAUCGAGGCUGUCGCCAUCCAGUCCGAUUCGCAUCUUCUCCAAUUUCGCUCCCCUCAGCAACUGUGAUUCUAAUUCGACUUCUUCUCCUUCGAAGAGGAAAAAGCCUCUUAGCUUGUGGCCGGGGAUGUACCAUUCGCCGGUGACGAUCGCACUGUGGGAGACGAGGUCCAAUAUCUUCGAGAGGCUUCUCGAUCCCCCGCUCGAUGCGCCGCCGCAGACCGAGUUGCUGACGAAGACCCCGUCACAGAGUAGAAUGACCAUUCUGUAUAAUUUCUCUACUGAUUUCAUACUGAGAGAGCAGUAUAGGGAUCCUUGGAAUGAGGUCAGGAUUGGGAAAUUGCUCGAAGAUCUCGAUGCCCUUGCCGGCACCAUUUCAGUCAAGCACUGUUCAGAUGAUGAUAGCACAACAAGGCCUCUGUAUCUGGUUACUGCUUCUGUUGACAAAAUGGUGCUGAAAAAGCCCAUCAAUGUUGAUGUUGAUCUGCAUGUAUCUGGUGCUGUUACUUGGGUUGGCUACUCUUCUAUAGAAAUCCAGCUCGACGUGACUCAGUCUGGUACUGAUACAGAUGAAGCUAUGGAUUCAGUUGCCCUAACAGCCACCUUCAUUUUUGUGGCUCGUGACUAUAAGACUGGCAAAGCUGCUCAGGUAAAUCGGCUAACUCCAAAAACGGAACGGGAGAAAUUGCUAUAUGAAGCAGCAGAAGCCAGGAAUAAGUUGAGGAAAAGUAAGAUUAGAGGCGACAAGAAGGAGUUCCAGAGCGGAGAAGAGGUGAACAGGCUAGAACCAUUGCUGGCAGAGGGUCGAAUUUUGUGUGACAUGCCUGCUUUGGCAGAUACAGACAGCAUUCUCUUAAGAGACACAGGUCUCGAGAACUCACUGAUUUGCCAACCUCAGCAGAGGAACAUUCAUGGACGGAUAUUUGGAGGGUUUCUGAUGCACAGGGCAUUUGAGCUGGCUUUCUCAACGACUUAUGCCUUCGCUGGGAUGAUGCCGUCUUUUUUGGAAGUUGAUCAUGUCGAUUUUCUGAGACCAGUGGAUGUUGGAGAUUUCUUGCGACUCAAGUCAUGUGUAUUGUAUACAGAAAGCGAGAAUUCAGAUCGGCCUCUGAUCAAUGUGGAAGUUGUUGCACAUGUUACAAGGCCUGAACUUAGGUCAAGUGAGGUGUCAAAUAAGUUUUACUUCACAUUCACUGUUCGACCUGAGGCAAAAGCAAUGAAUAAUGGGCAUAGGAUCAGGAAGGUGGUCCCUGCAACCGAGGAAGAAGCACGUAGAAUUAUUGAGCGCAUGGAUGCCGAUUCUUUGUAG